GCCCGAGCGCGCCGAGCUCAGUUCGCUGCCCGCGCCGGCUCCCACCCGGCCCGACCCCGAUCCGGCCCGGCCAGGCUCCACACCAGCCACGAUGGAGGUGAUGAACCUGAUCGAGCAGCCCAUCAAGGUGACCGAGUGGCAGCAGACGUACACCUACGACUCAGGCAUCCACUCGGGCGCCAACACCUGCGUGCCCUCAGUCAGUGGCAAGGGCGUCGUGGAGGACGACGAGAGCUGCGGGCGCCAGUACACGAUCAAGAAGACCACCACCUACACACAGGGCGUGCCCCCGAGCCAAGGUGACCUGGAGUACCAGAUGUCCACGACAGCCAGAGCCAAGCGGGUGCGGGAGGCCAUGUGUCCUGGCGUGUCUGGCGAGGACAGCUCUCUGCUGCUGGCCACCCAGGUGGAGGGGCAGACCACCAACCUGCAGCGCCUGGCCGAGCCGUCCCAGCUGCUGAAGUCGGCCAUCGUACAUCUCAUCAACUACCAGGACGAUGCCGAGCUGGCCACCCGGGCCCUGCCCGAGCUCACCAAGCUGCUCAACGAUGAGGACCCGGUGGUGGUGACCAAGGCAGCCAUGAUUGUGAACCAGCUGUCGAAGAAGGAGGCCUCGCGCCGGGCCCUGAUGGGCUCGCCCCAGCUGGUGGCGGCCGUCGUGCGCACCAUGCAGAACACCAGCGACCUGGACACGGCCCGCUGCACCACCAGCAUCCUGCACAACCUCUCCCACCACCGCGAGGGGCUGCUCGCCAUCUUCAAGUCGGGCGGCAUCCCUGCUCUGGUUCGCAUGCUCAGCUCCCCCGUGGAGUCGGUCCUGUUCUACGCCAUCACCACGCUGCACAACCUGCUGCUCUACCAGGAGGGCGCUAAGAUGGCAGUGCGCCUGGCGGACGGGCUGCAGAAGAUGGUGCCCUUGCUCAACAAGAACAACCCCAAGUUCUUGGCCAUCACCACUGACUGCCUGCAGCUCCUGGCCUAUGGCAACCAGGAGAGCAAGCUGAUCAUCCUGGCCAAUGGAGGACCCCAGGCGCUUGUGCAGAUCAUGCGUAACUACAGUUACGAGAAGCUGCUCUGGACCACCAGCCGGGUGCUCAAGGUGCUGUCUGUGUGUCCCAGCAAUAAGCCUGCCAUUGUGGAGGCUGGUGGGAUGCAGGCCCUGGGCAAGCACCUGACAAGCAACAGCCCCCGCCUCGUGCAGAACUGCCUGUGGACCCUGCGCAACCUCUCAGACGUGGCCACCAAGCAGGAGGGCCUGGAGAGCGUGCUGAAGAUUCUGGUUAAUCAGCUGAGCGUGGACGACGUCAACGUCCUCACCUGCGCCACGGGCACUCUCUCCAACCUGACGUGCAACAACAGUAAGAACAAGACGCUGGUGACUCAGAACAGUGGCGUGGAGGCCCUCAUUCACGCCAUCCAGCGUGCCGGCGACAAGGAUGACAUCACAGAGCCCGCCGUCUGUGCCCUGCGCCACCUCACCAGCCGCCACCCCGAGGCCGAGAUGGCCCAGAACUCUGUGCGUCUCAACUACGGCAUCCCAGCUAUCGUGAAGCUGCUCAACCAGCCCAACCAGUGGCCACUGGUCAAGGCAACCAUUGGCCUGAUCAGGAACCUGGCGCUGUGCCCAGCCAACCAUGCCCCACUGCAGGAGGCCGCGGUCAUUCCCCGCCUCGUGCAGCUGCUGGUCAAGGCGCACCAGGACGCCCAGCGCCACGUGGCUGCAGGCACACAGCAGCCCUACACGGACGGCGUGAGGAUGGAGGAGAUCGUGGAGGGCUGCACUGGAGCCCUGCACAUCCUCGCCCGGGACCCCAUGAACCGCAUGGAGAUCUUCCGGCUCAACACCAUCCCCCUGUUCGUACAGCUCUUGUACUCGUCAGUGGAGAACAUUCAGCGUGUGGCCGCCGGGGUGCUGUGCGAGCUGGCCCAGGACAAGGAGGCGGCUGACGCCAUUGAUGCUGAGGGGGCCUCUGCGCCCCUCAUGGAGCUGCUGCACUCCCGCAACGAGGGCACAGCCACCUAUGCCGCUGCUGUCCUGUUCCGCAUCUCCGAGGACAAGAACCCAGAUUACCGGAAGCGUGUGUCCGUGGAGCUCACCAACUCCCUCUUCAAGCAUGACCCGGCUGCCUGGGAGGCUGCCCAGAGCAUGAUCCCCAUCAACGAGCCUUAUGCAGAUGACAUGGAUGCCACCUACCGCCCCAUGUACUCGAGCGACGUGCCCCUCGAUCCCCUGGAGAUGCACAUGGACAUGGACGGGGACUACCCCAUCGACACCUACAGCGACGGCCUCAGGCCCCCCUACCCCACUGCCGACCACAUGCUGGCCUAGAUGCCUCGACCCCUGGUGCGGUUCCUCAUCUGAGAGGCUCUCCGUGCAGGCGAUGGGGCAAGACAGAAAAGUGCCUGAGCUGGGGGCCGGGCUGCGACUUCCUGCUGAACCCCGCGCCCCCAGAGGUCCUCCGUAGGGUCUUUCUUGGGAUGGUGUUCUGCUCCUUCUUUUCUGUCCUGGGCCUGACACCCCCUCCCCACCCCUGUGGCCCUGGCCACUUAAAGCUUCAGACACAAGCUGCCCACUCUGUUCCCCACCCCAGAACCCCCCCCCCCCCCCAGCCUAUCUCCAGCUGCCUGGGCCCUGCAGGGUUUUGGUUCUUUCUCUGAGUCUGAUUUUCUCACCAAACUCCACUGACCAACUGCCCUGAAUUCCUGGGGUCUCUGGGACUCAAGGUUCAAGGCCUGAACCCCGCAAUUCCAAAGCUUCUCUUGAAAAGUUCAGGAACCGUCCAGGGGAGACGGGGCGGAGGUGUGGAGAGUGAGUCCCCGCUCCAGGGGACAGCCCGCUUCUCUCUCCAGGAUGCUCAGUUGGCUUUGCUCCUCAGUACCAGGGAGCUUUGGGGACAGCUCCCACACACCCUGUCCCACCCACACAACUGCCCUGGCUGGCCCCCAAGAAGUGCUCUUGGCUGACCCCUCUGGUGUGCGGUGAGGGGCUUUCUCUUACCCUUCCUGUUUCAGACUCCCCCCACCACCUCCUGCACACGCGUGGGGGAAUGGGGGGGUCCCAGCAGAGAGUUUUAUUAUUAUCGCUUUAUGUUUUUGGUUAUUGGUUUUUUUGUAUAGACCAAAGCAAAGAGAAUAAAAGUUACACAGAGAUCCAA